AUGUGGGGCUCCCUGGCAGUUGUCUGGGCCAUCUGUCUGGCUUGUAUUCAGCCUGCUGUGUUCCCGUGGGUCCUCCCCUUCGGGUCAAACAAGGACAGGCCUCGCCCGGCACAUGGAGCUCUGACAGGGAAGGUCGAAUGCUUCUCAGACUACAUGACCCUGCAGGUUCCAAGGAGCCACGUGCAGGGUUUAAGGCAGUGGCUGGCAUGGGUCCUGCACCCUCCGGGCACCACGAGGGCCCCCAACCACCUGGAUUCUCUUCUUACCAAAUGUGGUUUCCUCUUGCGUCCUGCUCAGGAGGGCGGCUUCAUCUUCCGAGCUUUGUACUCGGGCUGCUUUGUGCAGAAAGAGAAAGCAAAUUACAGGCUGGAAAUCAGAAUGUUUCAAAAAGGGACAAAAAGGUUGAAGCAGAGUGAUCUCUGCAUAAUGAAGUGUCCCAUGAUCACGUCGAGGCUGGGUGAACAGAGGGUCCGCUGCCACCCCUCAUUCAUUCAGGUCUCUAGGCCCUUGCCUCCAAGGAUCAACGGUGGACAGACCCCGUGGAUGCUGUCCCUUCGAGGGGAGCUGGUGGCUUCUCUGGAGGACGCCAGCUUGAUGGGAUUAGAUGUGGACAUUGGUGCCACCACGGUCACCGUUCAAAGCCCACGACAAGAACUUCUUCAGACACAGGAGGUAUGGAACACUUCCCUGGAGCUCCUGCCACUCUGGCUGGUGAGCGGUUCCUAUGCCUACUCCCUCAAGGCUGGGUGCCCGCUGGUGUCGUCCCAGCCAGGGUCGGAGGUCUCAGUUUACAUCCCCAAGCAGAGACUGGGUCUGGUUAGGAGAGGACUCCGUGUGGAAGAGUCCCUGAGCCCCAGGUUCCUGCGGGUGCACCAGUCCAACACCUUCACGGUGACCGAGGACAGAGACUUCGUGGUCGUCAGCAUCCCAGCCCCGCUGCUGCUCCAGUACCAGCCAUGCCCAGAUGCCAGAGAAUCUCCAGGGACACAAGUGUUCUACAGGGUGGACCUGAGCCUUGCCUUUGCGGAGAUGGUCUCCCCAGUACACUGGAGAGUGGAGAACUUUUUCCAGUGUGUGGUUUCCUGCGGCACUGAUAUUGAUUUUGGAAGAGGGGGGGUUUGGAACUCUACCGGGCCAGGAUUCAGCAGGCACUUGCUGUGGGAGAGAGAGCAGGGAGGGAGCAGAGGCCACCAGAUGGGGUCUCUCCAUCAGCCUUUCCAGAUCCCGCGAGUGGCUGCUCAGGAUGAGCCCCUUCGGCGUUUUGUGCACCAGUCUGCUAAAGAAACCACCGAGGCAAAUCCACAGCCGUGUGCUCUGCAUGCUGCUCCCUACCCAAGGCUGGAACCAGCAGCACCGUUCUUGCAAACGGCUCCACUGGAAGGAGGAAGCUGGAUGUCCACUGCCUUCUCUUCCACCAGUGCAAGCCAAGAGCAUCAUGGUCCUCAGACUCCUCCAAAAGAGGCAGACUUAAUUCCACAUCUCUGGGCUCCAGCUACACUCUCCUCAGAGCACACGGAAGCUUCCCAGGCUGGCCCCAGACCUUCACAGGCGGUCUUCCUGUCUCACGCUUCCAUGACCACACAUUUGUCUUCAGAAGUCCCCUCUCCUCUGUGGCCUUCUUGGCGAUUCGAUGGGCCCCAAACACUGCUGGGUUCUGAACUGUCUGUUCCCCUAACCAAAGUUCCAAGAGUCAUGAUGACUGAGCAGGACUCUGCCCAGCCGUCAGGCAGUCCCUUCCCACUGGCACGAUUGUCAAGAGAGACUGUGAAAUCAACAGAGUCUGUGGAUCCCACCCCAAGGGAGCCUGCCCACAUCGGCGAGGAAUUCACACCAUGGACAAGGCCCUUUAGGAGCCGCCUCGAUGAAGAGGGGUUGAUUUUCCACCGUGCUCCCAGAAGGCCUCAGGAGAUACUACCAAUAACCAAGGCUGAGGAGCCACUGCAGAAUGAAGAUCCAUUUGGAGAAGGGGUCAGAGGGUACCUGGAUCUGUCAACCUCAGAACCAAGGCAGGGCCCAGAAGGGCUGGGACUCACUGUCUUGCCAGGGACUGAUGUCAGAUUCACUAUCCAAAGAGGGAGACAGCCAGAUGCCAGUGCCCACCUGGGGACCUCCAGUUCAGAGCUCCCUGGGAGGCACAGCGUGGGCUCAGCAGAUCCUCAGACAGUACUUCCCAGGGACUUUCUGACUGCCGCCUCUGAGAAGCCUGCAAUCCCUUCUGAAGGUGCAGACAGGACCCUACAGCUUGAAUCAGUGCCUACAUGGCCUGAGGCCUGGCCGUCCAUAUACAGCCAUGAGGCUGGAUUCCCCCUCCCUGAUGGUCAGGAGUUGAUGGAGGCCAGGUUGGCCCCGACCCCUGAGAGCCAUCAGCUUCCUGAGCUUUAGCACAUGUGGAGGGGGGUGCUCAAGAGGCCCCUGUGCUGAGCCUUUCUAGAGACUUCAGCAGUGAGUCAGAGUGUCCAGGGAGGGGAGGCACAAAGGGAAGGGAGGACGCAGUUUGGUAUGUUCCUACUUCCCUUCAGAAGGCGGCUGCGACAGGACCAGAGCCCCGGCCUCCCUGAACUGGCCCAGCUGUACUUCACAUCUCACUGUUAAAUCUGGGAAGGCGGCUGGGCAGCGUGCAGGCCGAUAGCCAGGCCCACCUGUGUCUAGGGCUCUGGCCCCAGUGUUUCCUCUUUAGCUUUGUAACCUUAGCAGGGCACUAGCCUUCCUGAGCCUUAGUUUCCUCAUCAAUGGAGGGGAAAUGAUACUCGUUCCUCCCCGGUGGGGUUAUUGAAGGAGGUGAACAAGAAUCACAUAAAGCCUUGGGUACCGAGCCCCGCGCAAGCAUGCUGGAAUCCCUGGGGAGGGAGGAUGGGGUGUCAGCACAAACUAUGGUUUCUAUGGCAGCAGCUGGUACCCUUCUGGUUUGGACAGACCCAUUGACCUGCAGUGACCCAGAGCUCCCAAACUCAGUGGCCCAGGAGCCCAGCUGUGGCCUGGGCAGGAACCCCACUCCGUGCUUCCCUGCGAGGGCAG